CCGGCUGCCGGCCCCUCACGGGAGGGAUCAGACCCGUCCUGUUCGCUUGCGAGGGGUCUGGAAAUGAACGAAGGAGCUGUGGGGGUUUCCCAACCCCACCCCCCUCCCUAAAUAUGUACACAAAAGUUAAGUUUCUAAACUUGAGACGCUGCGCGGUUCAAGCUGGUGGAGGCUUGGCUGAGAGUGAAAAGUGACCUGACCUCACUACAGCACAGGCAGCACCUGCUUGUUUCAGAGGGCAACACUCCAGGGAUAACUGUGAGCCAGUGCCAAGAGCCAGCAUUUCUCACUCCCCUCUCGCCCGCCUCCACCCCCUGCCACACACCCCGAUAUAGAAUGACAGCACAUUGCCACAAUUUAAAUGACACUGCCUCUACCCCCUCGGAAGGACAGGUCCUCCAGAGAACACCAGCCACAGCAGCUGUCCACUCUCCCAAAUAAAAUCUUCAUCAUGGCUUAUAAAGCAGCACAUUUGGCCUUUAAGUCACGCUGGCACAAGACGGACGAAGAACUCUGUCGGCACAGCAUGUCCUUUGUCUUGCACAAGGCAAUCCAAAACGACUUCUUCAAGUGUUACCUUUAUCUGCUGGAAAAGCUUCCCCUGGUGAAACUUUACGCUCUGACAAGUCAAGUCAUCAACGGGGAGAUGCAGUUCUACGCCAGGGCCAAACACUUCUACCGGGAGGUGCCCGCCACGGAAGAGGGAAUGAUGGGAGACUACAUCGAGCUCUCCAACACAGAUGUUGAAUCCUCCCGGGAAUUCCUCAGGAAGUUUGUUGGGGGGGUGGGGAAAGCUGGCACCAGCCGCGCCCUGGACUGUGGCUCUGGGAUCGGUCGGAUCAGCAAGCACGUCCUGCUGCCGGUUUUCCAGAGUGUGGAGCUGGUGGAUAUGAUGGAGAAUUUCCUGGCUGAGGUCCCCAACUACCUGCAGGGCAAGGAGGACAGAGUCGAAAUGUAUUACUGCAAAAGCCUCCAGGAAUUCACGCCGGCCCCGCGAAGAUACGAUGUCAUCUGGAUUCAGUGGGUUUCAGGAUAUCUGACAGACAAAGAUCUCCUGGAGUUUCUCAUCCGCUGCCAGGAUGGCUUGAAGGACAACGGUGUCAUCAUCCUGAAGGACAAUGUGGCCAGGGAGGGCUGCACCUUGGAUUGCCUGGACAGCAGCGUGAUCCGAGACCUGAACAUCCUGCACAGCCUCAUCGAAAUGAGCGGACUCACCAUCCUGCAGGAGGAGAGGCAGGAGGGCUUCCCUGAGCAGUGUGUCCCUGUCUGGAUGCUGGCCAUGCAGAAAGGCCACUCCUGACUGCCCAGUGGGACUGGACUAUGGAUAAACCAUGGGACUGGGAAGGAGAAAAGCACCUCCUGGAAUCCUCCUAACCGUGCCCUGCUCCAGGGCAGCAGCUCCUAAAGGGUCGGGAGAGAAUGACAAAGCUUCUCCCAGGAACAGUCUGCUUCUAAAUCCUACCUGCUCCAUCAUUCUUUCCAUUUUUAAAAGCUUUCCUAAACUCCUUGUCAGAUCUCUCUUCCAUUAAGAAGUCAAUAAUGUACAAAAUUCAUCUAAUGGAAAAUAAUUUGAUCUGAAGUUUCUGUAUUAAAAAGUGUUAACUCAUUUUGGGGUGUUCUGUAUGAGGUAUUAACAAGCCUGGUUUUUACUAUGGCACUUAAGUCUUCUUGGAAUUUAAGAAGGAUCUGUCAGAUCACUGAAGCAGGAAAUUCACUUCUGGAAAACUUCACCAAAUUUUGACUGUCCUCUCUACCUGUACUUUAAAAUAUUUAAACCAAGAUUAUAAGGAAAGUUUUAUCUUUUUGCUGGCAUCAGCUAAGCAGGUUUGUUUUGGGGUUUUGGGGAUUUUUUUUGUUUUUUUUUUUUUUUAAUUUCUGUCAAUUUGGACAAUAAAACAACCUGGUUAAUUUUCCA